AUGGUGGAGGAGGAGGAAGAACCCUCCCAGCCAUCCUCUGCUGGUUCUACUCCUGGGGUGCCACCACCAGGACCCCCAUCAGGUCCCCCAAUGUGGCCAUGGAAUAAUUCCAAGAGGCAGUCCAAAGACAAAAAAAGCAAUUUCGCCAGCACUGCAGGCAAGGUUGGUCUAGCCGUGCUCGGAGGAGUGGUGGCCGUGGGUGCUGUGCCCGUGGUGCUGGGCGCCAUAGGCUUCACCAGCACAGGCAUCGCUGCCUCCUCCAUAGCUGCCAAUAUGAUGUCAUCAGCUGCCAUUGCCAAUGGGGGUGGAGUUGCUGCCGGCAGCCUGGUGGCCACUCUGCAGUCAGUAGGGGCAGCUGGACUCUCCUUGUCAUCCAAAAUCCUCCUGGGUGCCACUGGGUCAUCUAUUGGGGCCUGGAUGUGGCGUCCCUUCAAGAAUAAUUCGGAUAAAAUAAGGAUAAGGACAAGGACAAGGAUAAGGAUAAGAAAUAAAGAGGAGCACUGGCCAGUUUGGCUCAGUGGCUAGAGAGCUGGCCUUCGGACUCAAGGGUCUCAGGUUCAAUUCCGGUCAAGGGUCUGUACCUUGACUGGGACACCUCCCCAGUAGGGAGAAUGCAGGAGGCA